GUGACGUGUAUCCGUAUCACGACGCACCAGCCAAGAUCGUCGACCAGAAGGAUGCACCACGCACGGCCCUCGUCCCUCCAUCCGUCCAGGCGGUCGUGUCUGACCACGUCUCGACGAUGCCUCUCGUCGUCGAGAGCUCGGUGCGCGGAGAAGCCCGUUAUGAACCGGUACAGCCGCACGGUCACUCAGCCGAAAACUCAGGGCGCGAGUCAGGCUAUGCUCUACGCGACUGAUGGGGUGAAAGACGACGAGGACUUCAACAAGGCGAUGGUUGGCGUCGCCAGCGUCUGCUGCAAUAAGCACCUAUUAGGUCUAGGUCAGCACGUCAAGAAGUCGCUAACUGACGCUGGUAUCAUUGGCUACCAAUAUGGUACCGUUGGGGUCAGCGAUGGCAUCAGCAUGGGCACUGAAGGGAUGUCUUACUCGCUCCAGUCGCGAGACCUCAUAGCGGACCAGGUUGAGACCGCCGCAGGCGGUCACUGGCUGGACGGUAUGGUGGUCAUCCCUGGAUGCGACAAAAACAUGCCCGGUGUGCUGAUGGCACUGGGGCGACUGAAUCGGCCCGGUAUCAUGAUGUACGGCGGAACCAUCCGCGCAGGAUCUUGCGCGGGCGCGCCGCAGCUGGACAUUGUUUCCGCCUUCCAGGCAUACGGGAAGUAUUUGCAAGACGGCCGGACGGAGGCAGCUGAGCAGGCGCGGUACCAGACCAUUCGCCACGCAUGUCCCGGUCCCGGUGCCUGCGGAGGAGUAAGUGCGACGCCGCCCCUAUCCUGCCCGUCUGACAGGGGCUCCCGCGCAGAUGUACACGGCGAACACAAUGGCGAGCGCUGCGGAGGCCCUGGGCAUGGCCGUCCCGGGAUCAUCCUCCUUCCCCGCCGAGUCCCCAGAAAAAUGAACGAGUGUGCGAGCAUCGGACCCGUCAUGCGCAACCUGCUGGAGAAGAAUAUUCUCCCCCGGCAGAUCAUGACUCGCUCUGCGUUCGAAAACGCGAUGGUUCUGACGAUGAUCCUCGGCGGUUCGACAAAUGCCGUCCUCCACCUUAUCGCCAUUGCGCACUCGGUUGGUAUCAACCUCACGAUCGACGACUUCCAAAAUGUCUCGGACCGCGUCCCCUUCAUUGCCGACCUGAAGCCCAGCGGUAAAUAUGUCUUUGAAGACGUGUACAAAAUUGGCGGUAUCCCAAAGAUCUUGGAAUACCUGAUGAGCAAAAAUCUCAUAGACGGUAAUAACUUGACCGUCACCGGACGAACCCUGGGCGAGAACCUGGAGCGCUGGGUGCACGAACACGGUAAGCUGGACUUCACCAGCCAGGACGUGAUCCGGCCGCUCGAGAAUCCGAUUAAGGAGACUGGUCACUUGCGGUCAGUCAAGUCUUCCGUCGCUAAGAUCACGGGAAAGGAAGGCCUAGGUUUCACAGGCAAGGCGCGUGCCUUCGACAGCGAGGAUGACUUCGUGCGCGCCGUCGAGAGUGGAUCGAUCAAGAAGGGCGAGAAGACGGUCGUCGUGCUGAGAUACCUCGGGCCGAAGGGUGGACCGGCCGACGAGUCUUAUUAUGGGUGCGGCCUUGGCCACGACGUUGCCUGCCUCACGGACGGGCGCUUCAGCGGCGGCUCGCAUGGGUUCUGUAUCGGACACGUUGUCCCGGAGGCACAAGUAGGAGGCCCUAUUGCUCUGGUGCAGGAUGGCGACAUCAUAGCUGUCGACGCGGUCAAAAAUAGCAUCGAGUUGCGGGUCUCCGAAGAAGAGCUGGCGCGCCGCCGACAGUCCUGGAAGGCCAAGCCGCUCAAAUUCACUCAGGGGACUCUGUUCAAGUACAUCAAGACAGUCGAGGACGCUAGUCAUGGAUGUAUCACGGAUGCAUGAGGACACGAAGGGUGAUUCACCGCAACAAAACACCGCUUUAUUACACGGGAUCCGGAGUCCAUUCGCUAGCCCUUGUCGACAUAGAGAGCAUAUCUAAUGGCACUUCCUUGGUGGUCGAUUAUUGGCUUACCACCAUCACGGCGUGACUCGCGAAGAAUGCAGCUAGCUACACAC